AUGACAGACGACAGCGGGCUCAGAGCUCGAGCAUCGAGCAGUCCGCCUCGACGCAAUUCCUUCGAAGAAUUCGCGAGGCGACGAGCUUCGGAGCUUCCGUGGCAGAAAUCAUCGCCCGAGAUCUGUUGCGUCUUCGCCAGCCACCCGCGCCAUCGAGGCUCACGCACUAGACGCCAAAACGCUGACCGAAAGGCGACGUCACGUCACGGCACGGCACGGAAGGAGACGGAGCUUUGCACGGAAUCUGCCCUUCGCCGUCAUCGUCGACGAGCGGAGAGAGAGAGUAGAGUGGACGUAAGCUGCUCGGAGCCAAUUGCGAACGAUCCGUCCGUCCAUCGACACCGGGAGCAGUUUUCGCGUUCCUGUCCUCGAAGGAGGGAGCAGGCGAACCGAGUUAAGGAAGGGAGCUUGAAUUACCGUCGAUUCCACCAGCGAGUGGAGCGAGCCAAGCCACGUGGGGCCCCAAGUCACCGUGACCGCGACCGCGGCCUCCGCUUCUCACCUCGUGAGGCUUUCAGUCCGCCGACGUUAGACGGACGAGAUCAGAACGCGGCUACGGCUGCCGGAGCUGCGACUAGCGGGAGAAUCGUGCCUGGAGCAUAUUCCUCCGCGGUACCGGUACCGACCAGGUUCGCCCGCUCUGGGCCGGAGCGGGGAGAGGUGGCGCAAGAGGGAGAGAGCGAGAGAGCGAGAGAGCGAGAAUUCCUGUCACUGCCUUGUGGCCGAGGGCGAGGGCCAGAAGGCAGAGAGAGGGUGCUUUUCAAGAGGGAGGGAGCAGGAGGGUUGAGGAGCAGGUUUUGA